UUGCGGCCGCCGCGGCGCGGGCUGCGGGAAUGAGGUAAAGGCGGGAGGGGCGGGGGCGCGCGCAGGAAGCUUGGCGGGCGGUAACGGCGAGCGGAGCGUAGCGAGCCCGGCCCCAUGGCGGACACGAAGGAAACACACGAGGAGCAUGAUACCUCUACUGAAAAUGCAGAUGAUUCUAACCAUGAUCCUCAGUUUGAGCCCAUAGUUUCCCUUCCUGAGCAAGAGAUAAAAACUCUGGAAGAGGAUGAGGAAGAACUCUUUAAGAUGCGAGCAAAGCUAUUCCGAUUUGCGUCUGAGAAUGACCUUCCAGAAUGGAAAGAACGCGGAACUGGUGAUGUAAAACUCCUGAAACACAAGGAGAAGGGAACAAUUCGCCUCCUCAUGAGGAGGGAUAAAACCCUGAAAAUCUGUGCAAACCAUUAUAUCACACCCCUAAUGGAGCUGAAGCCUAACGCAGGGAGUGACAGGGCAUGGGUCUGGAACACACAUGCUGACUUUGCAGAUGAAAGCCCCAAGCCUGAACUUCUGGCAAUCCGAUUUUUAAAUGCAGAGAAUGCACAGAAAUUCAAGGCAAAAUUUGAAGAAUGCAGGAAUGAAGUAGACAAGAGAGCAAAGAAAGCAGGCACAGACAAAAAUGAUAGUGCUGAUAAAGUUGCUGAAAAGCUAGAAGAGCUUUCUGUAAAGGAAGAGAGCAAAGAAUCUGAGAAGAAAGAAACCAAGGAAAAAACUGAAGAAAAGCAAUAAAUCAUCUUGGGCCUUGCAGUUUUUCCUUUACUUUUUUCUUUUUUUCUUUUUUUCUUUUUUUUUUUUUUUUUGGUUUUUAUUAAUUUUUACAAGGGACUUUAAGGAACUGAAUUCAACAUUCAGGUUGUUUUUUCUAAGCUUUUGCCCUUUUGAGGAUGUCUUCAGAAAAACCAUUCCCCAGUCAUGAAAAUGUACUGUGCUAACUUUCUUUUCCAUAGUGGAAACACUUAUUUAUAGACAUCCAAAAGAGUGAAUAAAACAAACUUGAAAACAGCA